AUGAGGGGCACAUUCGAGGGCAUCCCUAUCUUGGAAGGCACAGACAAUUACCAUCUAUGGGCAACCACCCUUGAGGUGUGCGUAGCUGCUAGGUGCAAUGCCAAACUAGUCCUUCUGGGUGUCGAAAAGGAACCAUACAGGAGAGAUGUGACAGGCUUGACCGGAUUAGCGAGAGCCGCCAUUUGCCCCUCUGAGGAAGUAGCGGGAGACGCUUUCCCUCCUGUAGGAGCAAGAGCGCCCAGUGAUGUCCCAGACGAGGAAAUGAGGGAAAGAUGGGAAAAGUGGGCCAAGAAGGAAAGGAACGCGAGGUGGUACUUGAUAAUGACUGUGUCAGAGGACCUCAGAGGCGAACUUCGCUAUGUCUGGUCCAGCGCAGAGAUCUGGGAGUAUUUCGAGGCCAUGUUUGGCCCCGACCCCGAGAGGGACAUUCCGCGAAAGCGAGCGUAA